GUGAACUUUCGAGGUUGAAAGAGGCGACGACGUACUCCAUUCAUCAAGCCAACUAUUCGACAACCACCGCCAACGGAAGAUUACAGAAAUCUGUGUCGCAUACCACAGAUUUCACCAGUCUCCCAACAACCGCAGUCAUGGUCAAGAAGCGAGCGUCCAACGGACGUAACAAGAGUGGUCGGGGCCACGUCAAGCCGAUCCGAUGCUCCAACUGCUCCCGAUGCACUCCCAAGGACAAGGCCAUCAAGAGAUUCACCAUUCGCAACAUGGUCGAGUCCGCUGCCAUCCGUGAUAUCUCCGAUGCCUCAGUCUUCACCGACUACGCCGUCCCAAAGAUGUAUUUGAAGCUGCAAUAUUGCGUCUCCUGCGCCAUCCACGGAAAGAUCGUGCGUGUGCGAUCGAGAGAAGGUCGACGAAACCGUGCUCCCCCUCCAAGAAUCCGAUACAACAAGGAUGGUAAGAAGGUCAACCCACAACAAGCCGCAAAGACUCCUCAGGCAUAAGACCCUUCCGAACACGAAUGGAUGACGAAGUUUGUGGGUUGUCCGGUGGGGAGGUCACAGCUGGGAGUUUCGCAUGCUAAGCUGAACUGGGAUUAUCGUGGAGAUUUUUCAACCAUGGAAAAGCCGAAAGGGCAUGGCGAGCGCGACCGGCUCACUUCUAUGCCGGCAAAAGAGAUAUUGUCAAGAUGAUCAAAAUCAUUGAGACGGUACACAAUCCAAAAUAGCUAGAAAGAGUCAAAGCCAAGUUCAUUUGACAACCAA